GCGGGCGCUGCCCCCUCCCGACAAUGGCUGCCGGGGCCGCGCCGCAGCGCCGGGGGCCGGGCAGCCCCGCGCCCGCCUGACCGGGGGCGGCCGCGCUCACUCUGUUUCUCUUCUCCCCGCAGGUUGCUGAAAAGUGCCUUUCCUGAAGCCGCCGCCGCUCGGAUUUGUGUCUAGGGCCGCCUCUCUGCCCCUCUCUUUUCGGUCCUCGCGGUCCGUGCCCUGUCGGCAGCUCCUCCAGCCUUGCCCUCCCUCCGGUUUUUGCUCCCCGUUUACACGCGGUUUGCUCAGCCGUUUUAUUUUCAUCGGUUUUUUUUUUUUUUCCUUCCCCGAGUAUGUAGCAAAUAUUUAAAAGAAAAGAAAGAAAGGAAGAGAAAAAACAAAACAAAAAAAACCCGACGUCCUUUUGCUCGUUUCGAUGCUCACGAACCGUAAUUUUUAGAAGCAAGAAAUAGAAGGAAAAAAAAAAAGAAAGCGAACCCGAAGUUUUCUCCCCAAGGACCGAGACCAUUCCACAAACUGAAGUGCUGCCAGCAGCAUAUGCUUUUUGCAAGAAUAAUUGAAACCAUUAACUGGAGAGCACAGAAUUCUUUUGAAAGUCUGCCAGUUAUUUGCAAGUAACCUCGGCAGUGGCACAAAAUAUAACACUUAUAUUUUAACUUCUACAAUUGCACUUUUAGGAGCUGGCCUCUAAUUUGAUUUUCAGUUGUUCUGAUAAGAUUUCUAUUUUAUGAUUGGCUUUAUGUUUAAUUCUUGUUUAAACAAACACGAUUUCACUUAAAUGAAAACCUAAGUGCUGAAUAGGAGUUCUACCAAAGCAACAAGUUAGUUAUUUCUUCACGUUUAACUUGAAUUCACUUUUUUACCCUUUUUUUAAAAAAAAAAGAAGAAAAAAAAAGAUCAGCAGUAAAUAUUGCCCUGAAGAAGGGUGCGAUUGCUUGCAUUUUAAUUUUUGUUUUUUAAUAUGGCUGUAAACGUUUCUCUGGUUCGUGAUACAAAAUGGCUGACGUUAGAAGUGUGUCGAGAGUUUCAGAGAGGUACUUGUUCUCGGUCUGAUGCAGAGUGCAAGUUCGCCCAUCCAUCACGGAGUUGCCAUGUGGAAAAUGGUCGAGUUAUUGCCUGCUUUGACUCCCUAAAGGGCCGGUGUACCCGAGAGAACUGCAAAUAUCUCCACCCUCCCCCACACUUGAAAACACAACUUGAAAUAAAUGGACGCAACAACCUGAUCCAGCAGAAGACAGCCGCAGCCAUGUUUGCUCAGCAAAUGCAGUUCAUGCUACCAGGCGCGCAGCUACAGCCCAUUACAACAUUUCCUGUGACUCCUUCGCUUGCAACAAGCCCCACGAUGGCUUUUAGUCCCUACCUGAGUCAUGUUUCUCCUGGAAUGGGCUUGGUUCCUGCAGAGCUUUUACCAAAUACUCCUGUCCUGGUGUCCGGAAAUCCUACUGUUACAGUACCAGGAGGCUCUGCUGGGCAGAAACUGAUGCGUACGGAUAAACUGGAGGUUUGUCGAGAGUUUCAGCGUGGAAAUUGCACACGUGGUGAGAAUGAUUGCCGCUAUGCUCACCCUAUAGAUAUUGCAAUGAUAGACACAAAUGAAAAUACUGUUACAGUUUGCAUGGAUUACAUCAAAGGUCGAUGCUCUAGGGAGAAAUGCAAGUACUUUCAUCCCCCUGCACACCUGCAAGCCAAAAUCAAGGCAGCUCAACACCAGGUGAACCAGACAGCUGCAGCUGCGAUGGCCCUGCCGCCUGGUGCACUUCAACCUUUACCAAAGAGGCCAGCACUUGAAAAAAACAAUGGUGCCACCACAGUCUUUAACCCAAGCGUUUUCCACUACCAACAGGCUCUAGCCAACAUGCAGUUGCAACAGCCUACAUUCAUCCCUACAGGGUCAGUUCUGUGCAUGACACCCACUGCAAGCGUUGUGCCCAUGAUGCACGGUGCUACGCCCACCACUGUGUCUGCAGCAACAACUCCUGCCACCAGCGUCCCCUUCGCUGCAACAGCUACCGCCAAUCAGAUAUCCCAGUUAUCAGUAGAUGAACUGAGUAGCAGCAUGUUUGUUUCACAGAUGUAGAAGUUCCCAAUAGAACACAGACCAUGUUGAAAUUCUGAACAGUAAAAUUAUGGAGCACCAGGACUUCUUGGUGGGAAGCUGCGCAUGGCCUUUCUGUAUAUACCCCCUCUUCCCUCUAUUGUUCUCUACCACCUCUACAGUAAGCCUGUUGCAGCCUACAUGUUAACCAAAAACUGAUCAAUGGGAAUGUCAAAAAAAAAAAAGGCACUAUAGAAACAAUUAACAAACAGCGCUCUGUUAUAUGAGAUAUACAAGUAGAAAAUUAUAAUAGACUUUUAUAACACAUUAACACAUUUAAUCAUUUUAUGACUACCAUCCUGAUAAGUGCAUCUGCACAGUGGACUGUUGGUUUACUGUAUACUAUCGAUGGAUAAAUGUUUGUCUUGUUUUUAAAGUGUUAUCUUCCUGUUUUGUUUACAUCAUAGUCUAUUGAUUUGUUUUAAAGUGUACAUCAUUAUCAAGUAUACUCAAUACCAUUUUUUCAUUAUUGUUAUGUCUUAAGUUUUCAUAUACUGUAGGUUUUAUGGGGUUUUGUUUAUUUUUUACUAAAAAUGUUAUUGUGGGAAACAGGAAUUAUGUGCUUGAAAAACACGACACAGGAAUGUUCUGCCCUUUGCUGGAUUUUGCUGUUCAUGUCAGCUAAAGUUGCUUGUGUUAAAUGCUCCUUUUAUCAUGUAAAAUUUGCCUUCAGAUAGUCUCCAAAUUUUUAAUACAAGUGAUAUGAAAGGACAGCUGUCAUUUUAGUCCAGUUCAGGGUAUUUCUUUCAAUACAGUGAGCUGAUUCUAGAAAAUUCUGGGAAAAAAACAAACACAAAAGCCCAUGCUUAGUAAGGGGACAGGAAUGAUUUGCUGAGACGGUGAUAAGCAUCGGGGGAUCUCUGCAGUUCUGUUGUCCAUUGAAGUGCAUUCUCAGCUGUAAAUGGCGCACAAUCUCUCUUGCUGUUCUUAUGGUGCAGUCAGGGAAAAAAAGGUGGUGAAGUGAGACAGCUUCAGUUGGGCAAAGACUCAUUGCACUGGAGAGGAGCGACCGCCAGCAGUUAGCUGGAGUGGGCCCAUAGCCAUGACUUAGCUCAAGCUGGGUAAUGCCAUGCUCAGGGGCUUAUCUCCACUAAGCUGAAACAUUUUGGCCUGAAAUCAUAUGUGGCUCUUCUUGAAAAUUCGUCAGUGUACACCGAUUGUUUGAUCACCAUUGCCCAUAAGUGGGUGGUUUUUUUUCCUUGUGAUCUCUGGCUCUUUAAAGCAAACCCAGCAGUAGAAAGCUCAGCAUAAGCUUUCUACUGUAGAUAAACGUUCAUCUUAAUGGAGCUCCUGUAGGUCAGUGGAUGUGUUUUGGCACCUUCUAUUUGAUCAAGAGCAAUGUUUGACACAAAACAAGGGCUAGUUCUCAAUACCUCCUUGUCAUAUGCAUGAUUAAAACCGUUUCCAGCCCAUGCACCCUGGACAGCCCAGCCUGUCAUUAUGCUGCAUUGCUGAACAAUCUGGCUGCAGAAUGCAUUUGGUUUAGGAUACAGCCAAAUUCAUCCCUGUCAUAGCUCUACAGUAUCAUUGGCAUCGUGGAGGAGAUGGAUUUGCUCCAGUAAAUCCACAAACUCUGUAUUAGAAGAAAGAUAAUCAUUACUGAAACUAAGCAAGAGGCCAACUCCCAGUGUCUGGAAGGCCAGCCAGCCUGAGCUCACAUUGGUCCUGUAGGGUGCCAAAUUUUGACAACCAGGUUGUAUUUUCUUUUCUAAGUUCCUUGACCUUGGUUAGAGACUUUCCUUGCCCCUUCUCCUCCAGUGUGAAUGCAGAGGAUUUGCUAGAUGUGUAUCUCCACUGACCACAAAUGAUGGAGGGGCAUCUAGGGCACAACCGAUGUGUCCCAGAGCAGAGUCUGUGCACCAUCCCAUGGAGACUCAUUCCUAGCAAGAACCUUUGAAGAGCCCAGCUCAAAAAGACCUUGAGCCAGAAGGAAACUCUAUUUGUUUCAGCGGGCUUUGAACCAAACCCUGAGAGAGGGGGAAAAUCUUCCCUCUCCCCCAGAGCCUCCUUUCUGAACCCCAUGUUGUGACAGUCACUUGCAUCCAUAGAGGUUUCCCAGCCAUCAGUGUUCACAAGCAGCAGCGUUACCUAAAAUCAGUGACUUUCGUUUAUACUGGCGACCGCAUACCUGUUCUUUUCACCACUGAGUUUCUGUUUCCCAAAACCAUAACGUUGUUAGUGGAAAAAGUGGAUUUGAGUACUUCCUGUUUGAAAUUAUUUGUGUAUCAAAAAUGGGUUUUGCACAACCUGUGCCAGUGCCUCAACAAAGAACAGAGCUGAUCUUCUUAAGCCAGAAAGGAUGCAUUCAAGCUUGUAUGGCUUUAUGAGUUCAAGGAGGUUGGAAUUUUUUCAGUGCUAAAUGGAUUUUUGUAUAUCUUGACACUUUGAUGUAACCUCCUCUUUUAUUUAUCGACUUAAACAUCUGGCAUAGAUGUGCAUAGAAUGUAAACCUAGAAUACAGCUGUUUUCAUGUCACAUUUAAAGCACUGAAAAAAAAAGGCAUUUAAGGAUUAUUUUUUAUUAAAGAGGUCCAAUGAGGGAUGUUCAGGGUAGUUAUAUUAGGUGCCACAACAGUUUUUAUAUUGCUGGCAAAUUUAGAGUUAAUUUGUAAAUGAGUUUAAGGAAAGAAAAGCUUGAAGCACUAAACUUCACCAAAUUCAAAACAAUCUCGGCAAAAAUGCCACUUUGAGGUAGCACUAUUUAAACUAGUUGUGCAAUGACUUGCUCUAAUUUUCUUUGUUCAAGAAAGAAAAGAAAAAAAAAACAGUCGCCAGACUAUAAAUUUCCUAAAUAGACUCUUACAAAGUCACCGAGCUAGUUAGUGACUCUAAACAAAUGUCAUAAAAGCAUGAAUAUCAUCCUUUAUUUGACAAGAGAUGUAUGUAAGUUUGUUUAAAUCGAUAUAAUUUUAGUGACAUUUUUAUAAGCUUCCCACUUUCCGUGAACCUAUAUUUUUUAUUUAUCCAAAGUUAUUUCUCUUUGUCCAUUUCUCUCAGCCUUAUGCAAACAAUAUGCAAGAAAUGCUGAAACUUGGAUAAAACGGGUCAUGCAGAGGGAAAAUGAAAGCUGAGAUUGAUCAUUUUCACGAAAAAGGUUGUUAGUAGUUUCAAUAAAAAGUACUACUACUAAACUGUAACAUAAGCAGACAAUAAAAGAGGGAUUUAAAAUAAAAUGGAUUCAUAAAACUUAAGAUUAUUUUUGUUAAAUACAGUGUUUUUAGUAAUUUGGAACAUGAUUUCACAAUCAGUUGUGUUUUUUAGUUGGAAAUUUCUAGCUGAUGAUUUUUGACUGUGUAUUUUUACAUCAUGAUGUUCUAGAAACCCUUACCUCCCUGGCCAGCCCACGCCGCCCCCCUUCCCGAACACCCCGCGGCGCUUUUCCUCUCUGCCAUCCCUACCAUCUCCCAGCGCGCUCAGCGUGUUCCUGAACGGUGGCACCGCCGGGCUGGCCACCAACCCCAGCCACGCUGGCACCGGCACUCUGGCUGCCCCCGGCGUGGUCCUCCCUGCCGGAGCUGGGCCACCACCGUCGAGGCGGCGAUGGAGAUGGGUAUGUGUCGCGUGGGUGCAGCUGGCCAGAGGAGAAGAUGCGUGUGCCGGGCAAAAUAUCUUCUCCAGCUGGCGGGUGGCUGGCUGGUGCGGUAAAGCAGCUCUAGGACACGCAGGUCCACAAUGAUUGAGAAACUGGAGUCCUCAUUUUGUUUAUCCCUUGUACAUUUCACAGACAUGAAAAUUGAAAAUGGUGAAAUUUAUGAGGAAAAUCUAAUUUCCCAUUCCUGUUGAAUGGAUUUAGUUUGAUAUUGACCUGAUUUUACCAUGUGCCUGUUGAAGGCCUUAGAGUAUAUAAUGUAUGUUAAAGACUGUAAUAACUUUAAAAACAAAAAAAUAGUUGAUAGCCUAAUCUAAAUGUAAAUAUAGCUACAACACAUUGUUACUAGGCUACAACGCAUUAACUCAUGUCAUAUAUUUUCAUUUUUCUUUACCAUUAGUUUUUAAGGUUUUCAUUAUUGCUUUUUUUUUUUUUUUGAUAUCUUUAGUAACUAAUGAAUUUAAUUUUGAAGGAGAGUUAGAGAAAGUUUAAAGUUUUUAAUACAUGUAUUCAGCCCAUUUAGUUAAAUUCUAAACCAACACUGAAGCAUGGUAAGGUAUAGAAUACAGUCCAUAACUAGUUUGUAUAGUUUACAGUUUAAGAACAAAAUUAACUUUGUAUGUAACUCCUACAAUGAUAGAUUCAUUGUUAACUAAUUAUAUUAAGUUGUUGUUGCUAUGGCAACAAAACUACAACAUGGCUACCUUUGUAUACAUUAUUUGUGAAAUUUUCACAUGUAAAUUAAAAGUGAUGUGUAACAGUAUGAGCUUGUUAAAGGUACAGUUCGAUACUGUCAGAUAAAGAUAUGAUUGAAUAUUUUUAAAAUCCCAAAGUCCCAUGUGAACGCUGAAUUUGUGUCUUUAACGUCACUUUUUCAGUCAAGAAGUUUACAACACAUGGAUUUAGAGUCAGGUUUUAUAGCUUGUAGAAAUUGUUGUGUGGCAAGGGUUAUUCCACAGUAUUUUCACUUUGAAAACACGACAGCCUGUAUUUACGAUGUAGUGACCGGUCUCGCUUUCAUUUCACGUUCAUUCAAACGGUGGGAAUUCAGAAUCAAUCCAUUUCAGUACUGUAGCUCUGCCUGCAGUUUUCUUUUCUCCAAAAAUUGAGCACUCACGCGAUUACGUUACAACCAGGGCUAAAUAAUUAAGCAUAUAACUAUUUUAAUACUAAUUUAUAUUAGCAAAAACUGUACAUAAGGAAAAAAAAAUAUUGUGGAAUGACCCCGUAACAGUGUUGAAGAUACAAAUAUGCUGCAGUUAAACUGAUUCAGUUCGUGUACGAAUGUGUGAGACACACCUUUUUUGCACUUAUGUACAUAGUCCACGAAAGAAAUCCUUGGAACUUAUUUUGAAUAUAAAAAGUCUGUAAUAAUACAGGAGAAGUUUGUAAAAGAGAUAGGUAUUACUAAGGCUUUGAAAAGGAGGAGUUUUUUGCUAUAAAACUUAUCUGAAAGCAUGAUGUUGCUUUGCUGUUGUAAAAGCUUUGUAGUUUGCCAUAGCUUAUUAUACAGCAGACUGAUAACAGGUCAGCUCCAACCUGCAGCACAGAGAAAUGGGAAACAGUGCUUAAUUAAUUAGUAAGGUCACUAGCAAAGAUUUGAAUUACUUUUUUUUUACUUUUUUAAUCGGCCUACAUUUUCAAACAUGCCCUAGGUCGUGUUUCCAAUAGGUUGUGUUCUCGGUGAAUCCCAUUAGGGCUGACAGGUCCGUGGCGGAGCACACACGUAUUUCCUAGCACCUAAUCCUGUUUCUAGCUGGAAGUGUGUAUCUGGUAGAGGUGGCUGUCAUUGCAGCGAGUGUUUGAAAUCCAAGAGGGAAAUGUCACAACUUAUUUUAUUGUUGGUUUUUUUCACCCUUUUGGGGCAAGGUAACAAUGUAGAAGGGACUGAUGAGCAGUGGAUGGAUGGAUGGUGGUCGUUUUGGAUUGUCCUUGGCUGGUUUCUUCUGCUGUACAACAGCCACGGUGUUCAUUUGAGAGUGCCACAUGGUGGCUGGUGCUGCCUGCUCAGACGGCGCUGCCGGAUGGAUAUGGGGGCAGGGAGGUGGAGGUGAUGGUGGCAGUGUGGUCAGCUUGCUGUUUCUGGAUGGGUUUGAUGAGCCCCAUUGAGUCGUUACCGCAGGAGAGCACGAUCGUGGCCCAUCAGCCUGGUGAGCAGCCUCUUGGUUCCCUUCCCACUGCACUGUGGGUGCUGCUGUGGCUCUGCAGUACCUGGGUGGGGUUUGGAGAAGCUGAAGGGCCUGUGUUGACUCAUUUAUUUUUGAUUGGAACAGUGGUUUUUUUGCAAAAUCCAAAACCAGUUUUGCUUCAGAAGGGUCAGUGGUUUUACUUCCAGGCUCGUCCCGACUCAAGCAAUGAGUUGAGCGCUCAGAGCAGAACCAGCAGGUGAUGGCACCCGCUGUCACCAUCUCUCUUUCCUGCCCAUUCCAGGGUUGGGGGCUGAGGUGUCACUGCCCAGACCUGUUCUUUGGUCAGCACUGCUGGAAUCCCAGAGGUUCCUGACUCCUGGCGAUGCCAGCAAGUGCCCAGCCCAGCCCGUGUUGCACUGUGGGGUUUGUUUAGGUGGGUGACUGCUAAAUCAGAGCCAAUCGUGCAGUCCCAGUGUCUUGAACACGGGGAUAAAUCAGUUGUUGCCUCUCUUCAUGGGUAUUAAAAUAACCUAGAUUUUAAUAUGAAAUAAUCAGCUAAUUCAGGCACCGUGCUAUUAAGGCUUCUCUUUGCCAUAAUCGAUUUUUGUAAUCAAGCUCUUUCUGAAUUAUAGGACCAUGGGACAAAAAUAUUUUGCACUAUGUGAAAUGAAUCAUAGCUGGUCAGACUUCGUUGGUGUAUGAGCACGAUCAUGACAACACGGCUGAAAUCUUUGCUAGUGAUCUAUACUGACAUCCUCUGUCGUCAAAAAUAACUCAACAUGCCUCUCAAGAUAUUUAAACAUGCAAAAAAUAACACAACUAUUAAAUAAAAUUAAGUUAUUUUUCCAAACACACAACAGAGAGAAUUACCUGACACCGAAUUACAAGGUUCCAGUUCUUUAUUACUGUACACAGAUGCUAUUUGAUAGUGGUGGAAGCCAAAUGAUUUUGUUGCCAUGGCUUUUGUAUCCUAGCAGAUGAGGGGAUGAUAAGACCAUUCUUUGAUUGGAUUAUGGGAUUUUUUUUUUCCGAUUAGCUUUGUUUUAAUUAUAUUUUUAUUUUAAAUCAUGAGAACAAACGGAGACUCCCCACACCCUUUUAUUUUAUCACCUUACAACAGACUGCUAUUUCUUUUUUUUUAUAAAUAGAAAAUUGUAUUUUAGGAAAUCAUUAAAAUCACAGAGAGACCGUUCUCAAAAAUUGUCAAUUUUUAAUUUAAAUAUAUGAAAAACAUUUAUCCUGUACUGUGUAAAGUAGAUCCUUGAAGCACAUUCUUCUUUUCAUAGGAAUUUCUGGUAAAACAAAGUAAGGGAAACAAUAGAUAUCAAUUUAAUGGUAUAGUUUAGAAAAUAUAUACAAACUAUUACAGUUAGCCCUGUGGAAUUGUAAGAGAUUAAAAUAUAACAGGAUCCAGACUGGCGUAGGCUAAUGCAGUAUUUCAGUUCAUAACAUGAUAGUUCAUUCCCUCAACUGCUACCAACAGGGUGUACGCUUUGAAUUUCUUUUUCUUUUUGCCACGUUAUAUCGCUGUAGUGCUUGUACGUGCUUUAGAAAUGUGCAUAAUGCUACUCAUUUUAGUAUGUUACUUCUAUAUUGUUAUUGUUUAUUUUUUGAUCUUUUAAUAAAGUGUAUAAAAUUCU